GGAAGAAAAGGAGGAGCGAGGACCAGUUGCUUUGAACACAGAGGAGCGUCUGUUCGCUGUCAGUCUCGCUCUCCCUCUGCGCCCUGCGGAAUGGAUAUAAUAUUCGGCAGGAAUAAGAAUGAACAGCUGGAGCCUGUGAGGGCCAAAGUGAGAGGCAAGAUUCCAACAUGGCUGCAGGGAAUCCUGCUGCGCAACGGGCCUGGGAUGCACACAGUGGGGGAGACCAAAUACAACCACUGGUUUGACGGCCUGGCCUUGCUCCACAGCUUCAGCAUUCGAGAUGGUGAAGUCUAUUACAGAAGCAAAUACCUGAGAAGUGACACCUACAACGCCAAUAUCGAGGCAAACAGGAUUGUGGUGUCAGAGUUUGGAACAAUGGCCUAUCCGGAUCCCUGCAAAAACAUAUUUUCCAAAGCAUUCUCUUACUUGUCUCACACCAUCCCAGAUUUCACAGACAACUGCUUGAUAAACAUCAUGCAGUGUGGAGAAGACUUCUAUGCAAUCACAGAGACCAAUUACAUGAGGAAAAUCAACCCACAGACUCUGGAAACCCUGGAAAAGGUUGAUUAUCGAAAAUACAUGGCUAUAAAUCUGGCAACUGCACAUCCUCAUUAUGAUGAGGCUGGAAACAUUCUCAAUAUGGGUACUUCCAUUGUGGACAAGGGGAAGACAAAAUAUGUGAUGUUUAAGAUCCCUGCCCCAGCACCAGAGGCCAAGAAGAAGGGGAAGAGCCCCCUGAAGCACGUGGAGGUGUUCUGCUCCAUCCCCUCUCGCUCCCUCCUCUCCCCGAGCUACUACCACAGCUUUGGUAUCACCGAGAACUACGUUGUCUUUCUCGAGCAGCCGUUCAAGUUGGAUAUUCUCAAGUUGGCAACCGCGUACAUGCGGGGAGUGACCUGGGCUUCCUGCCUGACUUUCCACAGGGAGGACAAGACUUACAUUCACAUCGUUGACCAAAGAACCAGAAAACCUGUGCCGAUCAAGUUUUACACGGACCCGAUGUUGGUCUUCCAUCACGUCAAUGCCUACGAAGAGGAUGGCUGCAUCGUGUUUGACAUCGUGGCCUACGAAGACAACAGCAUUUACCAGCUCUUCUACAUGGCCAAUCUGAACCAGGACUUCCAGGAGAAUUCCACGCUCACCUCGGUCCCCACCCUCAGAAGGUUUGCUGUGCCCCUGCAUGUGGACAAGAAUGCAGAAGUGGGCUCAAGUUUGGUCAAACUGCCAUCUACAACAGCAACAGCCCUGAAAGAAAAAGAUGACCAAGUCUACUGCCAGCCAGAAUUGCUUUUUACAGGCUUAGAGCUACCUCGGAUCAAUUAUGCUCGCAAUGGGAAACAAUACCGAUACAUCUUUGCUGCUGAAGUUCAGUGGAGUCCAGUCCCAACCAAGAUAAUAAAAUAUGACCUUCUCACAAAGUCGUCCUUAAGAUGGGAAGAGGAGGGCUGCUGGCCAGCGGAACCCGUGUUUGUGCCUAUGCCAGGUGCCAAGGAUGAGGAUGAUGGAGUUCUCUUAUCAGCCAUCGUCUCUACCAAUCCCCAAAAGCCACCUUUUCUGCUUAUUCUGGAUGCCAAAAGUAUGACAGAACUGGCUCGUGCCUCUGUUGAUGUAGAGAUGAACCUGGAUCUCCACGGGAUAUUCAUUCCAGACGCAGACUGGGACAUGAGGAAGCAGGCCUCUUCAGAGGAACAGCCGGACAGGGCUUCAGACUGACACAUGGCCCCAUAGACCUGAUGGUGUUGCAGCUUGGGCCCUGGGAGGACUAGCUCAGCUGGCAGGAUCCCCAGGGCUCGAAGCUUGACACCUUUCUUUUGGAAAGGCCUUCAUUUCAUUUUGCACUUAUUCUUUGUGGGUGCUUUGAUUAGGACAUAGAAAGAGAGCUUGUCAUUAUCUUUUCUUUCAUUUUAUUUCAGCCAUAAAAACCUUGUUUGAAAGCAAAAUUAUUGAUUAGCUCUAGCACUUCCAAGAAAGUUCCUUUCCUUUAUUAUAAAGACCUUGACCAUGAAUCAGAAAUUGUAUUAAAUCACACUAUCAUCAUUUGUAGAAUGAGUAACCACUAAUAUAUUAGAGAAGAGACAGGUAAAUGUUCAUCACUGCUCCUUCCUCUGUCUCUCUCUCUUUCCUUCCCUCCCUCUCUUCUUUCUCAUGGACUAAAUUGUGCAUCUGGGUGUCUUAGCUUUCUCAGACAUGCCCUAUUUGUAAGUUAUGUGGCCAGGAAGGCAUGUACUUCGCAGUCACUCUACACAAGGCACGGCAUAAUAUAAAAUAAUAAAAACUUUAAAGUCUG